GUAUCUUGACUGCAUGGGGGUGGGGGGUCCCGGGUCUGAGUAGCCUGUUCUGACACCUCUGAGGUUAGAGGUGUGAGCCACAAGUUGCAAGUGGCUUCGGAAGUUGUGGCCUUGAGUUUACUGGGUCUGGAAGUUAUAGACUCUGUGUGUGUGUGUGUGUGUGUGUGUGUGUGUGUGUGUGUGUGUGUGUGCGCGCGUAUCAGGAAGUUCUAUACAGUGCCUGUAAGGAAGUCACAUGCACCAUUCGUGCGUGUUUAUAUGCAAGCGAGCGCUGGGCAAUGUGUUUGGGUUUGUUUAGGGAACGGAGAGGUGUCAGACCAAGCGGUGGUUUCCCCAGGUUCCCUGCACAGGCUGUCAGCGCGAGUGUCACAGAAAAAAAGGUCGACCAUGGUGGCCGGGACCCGCUGUCUUCUAGCGUUGCUGCUUCCCCAGGUCCUCCUGGGCGGCGCGGCCGGUCUCAUUCCCGAGCUGGGCCGGAGGAAGUUCGCGGCAUCCACGGGCCGCUCCUCGUCCCAGCCCUCGGAAGAAGUCCUGAGCGAGUUCGAGUUGCGGCUGCUCAGCAUGUUCGGCCUGAAGCGGAGACCCACCCCCAGCAGGGACGCAGUGGUGCCCCCCUACAUGCUGGACCUGUACCGCCGGCACUCGGGCCAGCCGGGCGCACCCGCCCCGGACCACCGGCUGGAGAGGGCAGCCAGCCUCGCCAACACCGUGCGCAGCUUCCACCACGAAGAAUCUUUGGAAGAACUGCCAGAAGUGAGUGGAAAAACAACCCGGAGAUUCUUCUUUAAUUUAACUUCUAUCCCCACCGACGAGUUUAUCACCUCAGCAGAACUUCAGGUUUUUCGGGAACAGAUGCAGGAAACUUUGGAAAACAAUAGCAGUUUCCAUCACCGAAUUAAUAUUUAUGAAAUUCUAAAACCUGAAGCAGCCAACUUGAAGUUCCCUGUGACCAGACUUUUGGACACCAGGUUGGUGAAUCAGAAUGCAAGCAGGUGGGAGAGCUUUGACGUCACCCCUGCUGUGAUGAGGUGGACGGCACAGGGGCUCGCCAACCACGGAUUUGUGGUGGAAGUGACCCACUUGGAGGAGAACCAAGGUGUCUCCAAGAGACACGUCCGGAUUAGCAGGUCUUUGCACCAAGAUGAGCACAGCUGGUCACAGAUCAGGCCACUGCUAGUAACGUUUGGCCACGAUGGGAAAGGACACCCCCUCCACAAAAGAGAAAAACGCCAAGCAAAACACAAACAGCGCAAACGCCUUAAGUCUAGCUGUAAGAGACACCCUUUGUAUGUAGACUUCAGUGACGUGGGGUGGAAUGACUGGAUUGUAGCCCCCCCGGGGUACCACGCCUUUUAUUGCCAUGGGGAAUGCCCUUUUCCCCUGGCAGAUCACCUGAACUCCACUAAUCACGCCAUUGUUCAGACGUUGGUCAACUCCGUUAAUUCUAAGAUUCCCAAGGCGUGCUGUGUACCAACGGAACUCAGUGCUAUCUCCAUGCUGUACCUUGAUGAAAACGAAAAGGUCGUAUUAAAGAACUAUCAGGACAUGGUUGUGGAGGGUUGUGGAUGUCGUUAGCACAGCAAAAUAAAAUAAAAUAAAUAAAUAUAUAUAUAUAUAUAUAUUUUAGAUAAAAACAAAACAAAAAAAAACAAGUUGACACUUUAAUAUUUCCCAAUGAAGACUUUAUUUAUGGAAUGGAAUGGAGAAAAAAAACACAGUUAUUUUGAAAAUAUAUUUAUAUCUACGAAAAGAAGUUGGGAAAACAAAUAUUUUAAUCAGAGAAUUAUUCCUUAAAGAUUUUAAAAUGUAUUUAGUUGUACAUUUUAUAUGGGUUCAACCCCAGCACAUGAAGUAUAAUGGUCAGAUUUAUUUUGUAUUUAUUUACUAUUAUAACCACUUUUUAGGAAAGAUAGCUAAUUUGUAUUUAUAUGUAAUCAAAAGAAGUAUUGGGUUUGUACAUAAUUUUCCAAAAAUUGUAGUUGUUUUCAGUUGUGUGUAUUUAAGAUGAAAAGUCUACAUGGAAGGUUACUCUGGCAAAGUGCUUAGCACAUUUGCUUUUUUGCAGUGCUACUGUUAAGGUCACAAGUUCAAGUCCAGAAAAAAAAAAGUGGAUAAUCCACUCUGCUGACUUUCAAGAUUAUUAUAUUAUUCAAUUCUCAGGAAUGUUGCAGAGUGGUUGUCCAAUCCAUGAGAACUUACGUCCUUAUUAGGUGGAAUAUUUGGAUAAGGACCAGACAUCGCUGAUUUAAUAUAGAAACACUCCCCUACCCCUUAAUUUGCAGAAAGAAUAAAGCAGGACCAAUAGAAAUAAUUAGGAAAAUGAUAAACCUGCAGGAAAGUGAAUGAUGGUUUGUUGUUCUUCUUUCCUAAACUAGUGAUCCCUUCAAAGGGGUUGGUCUGGCCAAAGUAUUAAAUAAAACAUAAGAUUUCUUCAUGAUUAAUAUUGUGGUCAUGUAUAUUUAAAAUGGAUAUGUAGUGGCUCUCAUGAACAGUUGGAAAUUGAUUUGUAUUUAACUGUUACCUCAUCUGGGAGCUCUUUAUGUUCAGAAGGACCCAGUUUUCUAACUUUGCCCAACACACAGCAAAAUUGUGCCCAUCAUGUUUUCUGCCCACCGCCUCUUCUCUAUUGGAUCAGCCUGCUUUUCUUUCCAAGGUUAUGUGAACACAUUUCUCCAAAUGUUAAACCUCUUUCAGAUAAUAAAUAUCAGAGCCCUGGCAUUUCAUUCUAUAAAGUCCAACCUGUAAGAGAAAAUGGUGCAUUUGUACAGCAUUCAUGAUAAUUACCUCGUGUUUGCAUUCUUGCUUCUGAAGUUACUCCUUUCGGAGGGAGGCGGGGGAAAGGCAAGGAAUGGCUGGAAAUGUGCAAGCAAGUCACUUGAUAAUUGAUAUUUGCCUCAAAGGAAUUAGCCAUGAUUUAGUAUUUCAUGUGACCCUCUUUGGGGUUCAUGAUUUAGGAGAAAGAUUUAAGAGCAAACCAAAGCUCCAAAACAAGCAAAACCUGGGAAACCCAAGAUAAAGUUUCAGAGAUGAUAUCCCAUGCAACAGAGGCAACGGUGCCAAAAAAUUAGAAAGGGAAAGUGUCUAAGAUCAGCUUCUACAAGGACAUCUGCCAAUUGGACAGAAGCCCAAGCCGAAUGAAGUCAAAUUAGGCCACUCAGAGUGAACUCGCACAGCGGCAGGGCUGCUGUGCUCUGUGUCGAAAUCAGACCCAAGGAAGGGUUCGGUGGGUUAGUCCGUACAGCCAGGGAACCCACAACUCCCCACUACUGUACUGGAAGUGUUUUAGGUCAAUGUCUAGGACUCUGUGUCACCUCUGAUCCUGCUGUGAUUGGUGAGGCCUAGUUCUAAUGUUCCCUAGCCUUGCCUUGGAAUUGGCUGAAAAAAGAGUGUGUUUGUCAAGGAACAGACUGUUAUAAUCAGAUUCUCCCCAGGAAUUAACUUGGGAUGACCAUGAAUGUAGUUACAUUUUGAUUGUGAUAGAUUUAACCCUUGCCUUGAGAGUAUGUAGACCGUGUUUUUAAAUUAAUACUAGUUUAAAAGUCUUUCCCUUCCUUGUCACGCCGAUGCCUGUUGCUCUUGCAUAGGUGAGAGUCAUUCGUAUUAGAACCAAGUUUGGAGGGCAGGAUGACCGCUGUUCUCCAGCCACCCUUCACCCUCAUUUGGCAUGAAGGUGGGGGGCAGACUUCACUGUCUUAACAUAAACAAUAACCCAUGUUUUCUUAUCUCCAAAGACUCUAGAUGAGAGUGUGAGAUUAUAGCACAAGAAUUUCCAUCCAUUUGGCAAGUCAAUCUAUUCUUUUGAUUUUUCUGCUUCAUUGGUUCUGACUUUUUGUUAAAGUGGUAUUCAGCAGUAUCAACUCAAAUGUGUUCUCUUGCGUGUUUUAUAUGUAUAUAAACUAUAUAUACACAAACAUGUAAAUAUAUACACAUAAUAUGUAAUAGGUAUAAAAACGUGAAGCUAUGUGAUAUAUAUUACAUAUAUAUAUACGUGAUGGUAUUUUCAGCUUCAGUUUAGUUUCAGAGAUUUUGUUAUAGUUGAGAACUCUGACCCUGGCAGCUCAUCUGAGAAACAGAAUAUUCUUACAUAUAUUCUACGUUCUUCAGACGUUUUGGCUCACGUUCUCCAUUCUGAGAAACCGUGUCAAAACUAACUCCAUGACACUGAA